UGACAGUGAAGUUGACGAAGUGCUGAUUUUCACUUGGUGAUUAUCCCCCUGACCCAACUCUCCGGCUAGCGACAGAGAGACAUCCAAAAGGGUAUAAGCUGCGGAUAAAAGUAAAAGUAAGUAAGAUUAUCAAAUCGGAGGAAUCAAGUCAUACCAAAGUCAAUAACAGCAGCAGCGGCAGAGAAAACAACAGCAACAACAACAACAACAGCAGCAGUAGCCACAGCAGCAUCAACAACAACAUUAUAAAGUUCACCUAAAAGGAUUAUAAAUAUAUGUUCAUGACUUGGACUUCGCCCACUGUGACGUCAUGAAGUAUGAUGAUAUCCUCUCUCUGAUUGGUCCGUUUGGUCGGUACCAGAAGAGAUGCUACGGCCUGCUUUGUCUGCCGGCGAUACCUAUCGCUAUCCACACCAUGGCGACCGUCUUCAUCCUGGCUCUGCCAGAUCACAGUCUGGGCCGUAAGAAGAUGAUGAUGAUCUCCAUUCUCCUACACAUAGGGGCCAGCUUCGCUAUUGCAUUCACCUCGUCACUCGCCUACCUCUACACUUUCCUCUUCAUCAACGGGGCAGCCGUGACUGCACUUUACAUUAUCAACUUUGUCAUUGGUAUGGAGCUAGUGGGUCCUGACAAGAGGAAGUACACAGGUUUCGUUGUCGUGCUCUUCUUCGGAAUGGGCGUGGUCAUACUGGCAGGCGUGGCCUAUUUCAUCCGUGAUUGGCAGACGUUACAGUUGGUGCUGGCCAGUUUGCCUGUGCCUUUUUUGGCCUACUUUUGGCUGGUUCCGGAAUCACCGAGAUGGCUGAUCACCAGAGGGCGAUAUGAGGACGCCGAGAAAAUUCUGAGAACCGCAGCGCGCGUCAAUAGGAUGGUCUGUAGCAUGACGUAUUAUGGCCUGACUCUGAAUGUCGGAGAUUUGGCGGGCUCUAUCUACCUGAACAGCGUGCUGUACGGAGCUGUGGAGAUCCUCUCUUAUAUCGUCUGCAUGCUGUUGUUGGACCGGGUCGGCAGACGUCGUUUGCACUUGGCCUGUAUGUUUUUGGCGGGAAUCGCCUGCACCACCUCACCAUUUCCGGUGAUAUACGGCGGCAAAGACUUGCAGUGGCUGACAGUUCUCCUGGCGAUCGUGGGCAAGUUUGGCGUGUCCGGGGCGUUCGCUGUGAUCUGGGUGUACUCCACUGAGGUCUUCCCGACGGUGGUCCGGAACAGUGGAGUCUCUGCUUCUUCCAUGGCAGCGCGCAUGGGAGGCGUCAUCUCGCCAUACGUCGCGAAUUUGAGUGUAACAGUCGGUGGGAAUGUAGGACGGCUCCUCCCUCUGGUCAUAUUCGGGGGCAUAUCCCUCCUGGCAGGACUGAUGUCUCUGUGGUUGCCGGAGACAAGAUACACCAAACUGCCAGAUACGCUUAAGGAGGCAAAUGAGUUCGGAAGGUACCUUCAUUCAUUGUGUUACGACACGGAGGAAUCAGCCGCUUGUCAGUUUGGGGCGUAUGAUGUUGUUGGUAUAAUCGUAAAACCUGUUCAUUUGUCUUGCUUUUGGGCACUGAAAUAUCCAUCAAUCUUGAAUAGAAAGUCGGGAUAUUUGAUAUCUAAUGAGGUAGGGGAUGCCUGGUUUCAGAGGUAA